UUCGCAGUUAAAAAUUAAUAAUAAUUUUUAAGACUGGAAUGGAUGGGUUUAGAAAAAAAUAAUAUAUUAUGUCCUUAUGAUGGCAGCGAGAAAAUAUACAUUUUGCCAGAUACAGCUAAUGAUUUGAGCUCAGUGACGUUUCAAAUCAUUAAGGAGGACCAUACACUAGCAAAUUCUCUUAGAUAUGUGAUUAUGAAGAAUCCGGAUGUUGAGUUUUGUGGGUACUCUAUUCCUCAUCCAUCAGAACCUAAACUUAAUUUUCGAAUUCAAACAUACAGAAAAGUUUCUGCUGUUGAUGUAUUUCUUAAAGGACUGGAUGAUUUAAUAGCUCUUUGUGAUCAUAUCGCAGAUACUUUUCAAAAAGAACUGAAAUCUAGUAAUAUGAAAGAGUAGGAGUUUAAAUUAAUGGGUAUAUGUAUU